GGCAGCAGCCACAGGGCACCUCCUGUGGGCAAGGGCUGCGGCUCAGCCUUCAGGAGCUGCUCUGGGCGGCGGCAAGGGCGGCAGCAGAGGGAGCCCAGGCGCUCCUGGCAGAGCAGGCUGGGGAUCGCAGUGGCGGGGCUGCACCCCCAAGCUGCGCGGUGGCCCGCGCGGUGGAAGGUCCCGGCGCGCACUCAGCCGCGCAGCUCCUCACCCUCCAGGGUUGACGAAGCUUGGCGCUCGUCGGCGCCCGGGAGACAGCCCAUUUUGCUUUCCUAGAGCUAGGAUUGAGAAAUCAGCUGCCGAAGGAAUUUGGCAAUGAAGAGAGUGAAAGGCAGUUUCCUGCCAGCAGCUAAGUUGUGAAAUUGCUUUGGAGGCAGCUGCCUCCGGAGCACGAUAGAAUUGACAAGAACGGACGCCGGACACCGUUGCAGACCGCGGGCACGCCUGAUUGCACUUGAGUCGGAUCGCUGGGACGCAGCCCCGCUCGGCUUCUAACUAUCUGUGGCUGAAUAAAGGCAAGGAGAACAGAAACACGAUUGCAAGUCGUAUUCCUGAAAGGAAAACACAUACACUCCAAAGGAGGGGAGAAACAGCCCAGCUGGUGUGUAAAUUUUUUUAAAAGGAGAAUUCCUCAGACACUACAUGAAGUUAUGUGGCAAUGAGAGAGACCCAUGAAAUCCCUCCUUCAGGAGAGAAUGUCUUUCAUAAAUGGAGCUUUGCUUCUGGUUUUCACAGGGCAUUGACACUGUGGCAGAGCCAUGGCUGCCCUUCCUGCUAUUUUCAGUGAUUCGCAGAACAUCUGAAUGGUGAUGCUUGCCGGGGAUUUACAGAUUUUCCUCCUGAUACCUUGUUUACUUCUUUGGGGCAGAAAAGCUUGCACUGAUUUCUCUCCAUGGUGGCUAAUCUUUUUAAGAGCCUGAUUUUACCUUACAUACAUAAGCUUUGCAAAGGAAUGUUUACAAAGAAAUUGGGAAAUACAACCAAAAAAAAAGAGAAUCAUCCGCAGAAAAAGGAUCAAGAUCUUCCUACUGCUGGCCAGAACAAAACCCCCAAAUUUUCUAGUACCUUGAAAAGUACUGUAAAGAAGAUUGCAAAGCAUUCAUCCACUCGUAAUUUACCCAUUGAAGAAGAGGCUAAUAAAGAAUUCUCCCUCUCACCAACACUCAGUUACCGAGCAGCUAUUGCCAAUGGCCUACAAAAGAAUGCUAAUGUAACUGAUGGUGAUAAUGAGGAUCUGUCUCAAGAGUUAUCUUCAAUUGAGAGUUCCUAUUCAGAAUCACUCAAUGAACUAAGGAGUAGUACAGAAAACCAGGCACAGUCAACACACACGAUGCCUGUUAGACGCAAUAGAAAGAGUUCAAGCAGCCUGGCACCGUCUGAGGGCAGCUCUGAUGGGGAACGCACUCUGUAUAGCUUAAAACUAGGAGCUUUGCGCAAACUGAGAAAAUGGAAAAAGAGUCAAGAGUGUGUCUCUUCAGAUUCAGAGUUGAGCACGGUGAAGAAAACCUGGGGAAUAAGAAGUAAAUCGUUGGAUAGAACUGCCCGAAACCCAAAGACAACUGCCUUGGAGCCAGGAUUCAGUUCCUCUGGCUGCCUUAGCCAAACGCAUGAUGUCAUGGAAAUGAUCUUUAAAGAACUUCAGGGUAUAAGUCAGAUUGAAACAGAACUUUGUGAACUACGCGGGCAUGUUAAUGCCCUCAAGCAUUCCAUCGAUGAGAUCUCCAGCAGUGUGGAGGUUGUACAAAGCGAAAUUGAACAGCUGCGGACAGGGUUUGUCCAGUCUCGAAGGGAAACCAGAGACAUCCAUGAUUAUAUUAAACACCUAGGUCAUAUGGGUAGCAAGGCAAGUCUGAGAUUUUUAAAUGUGCCUGAAGAAAGAUUUGAAUAUAUUGAAUGUGUGGUGUAUCAAAUUCUAAUAGAUAAAAUGGGUUUUUCAGAUGCACCAAAUGCUAUUAAAAUUGAAUUUGCUCAGAGAAUAGGACACCAAAGGGACUGCCCAAAUGCAAAACCUCGACCCAUACUUGUGUACUUUGAAACCCCUCAGCAAAGGGAUUCCAUCUUAAAAAAAUCAUAUAAACUCAAAGGAACAGGCAUUGGAAUCUCAACAGAUGUUCUUACCCAUGACAUCAGAGAAAGAAAAGAGAGAGGGAUACCAUCCUCCCAGACAUAUGAGAGCAUGGAUAUAAAGCUGUCUAUUCCAGAAACUAAAAUCAAGAGAAACAACUGGCAGUCACCUGAUGACAGUGACAGAGAGCUGGAAUCUGACCUUAAUAGAAACAGUUAUGCUGUGCUUUCCAAGUCAGAGUUUCUAAUAAAGGGAAGUACUUCCAAGUCAACUUCAAAAUCAUACAAUGCUAGAGCUAAGAAUAAAACUGCUAGUAGUAGCAGAAUUUCAACUAAAUCAGAUUACGAUACAGUUCCCUCACAAUUGCCAGAAUUAGCUAACUUGGAAAAACAAACUGUGACCCAUUAUGCAGAUCCAACACCCCUCUGGCAUUCACAGAGUGAUUUUUUUACUCCUAAACUUAGUCGUUCUGAAUCAGAUUUUUCCAAAUUGUGUCAAUCUUACUCAGAAGAUUUUUCAGAAAAUCAAUUUUUCACUAGAACUAAUGGAAGCUCCCUCCUGUCAUCUUCAGACAGGGAACUUUGGCAGAGAAAGCAGGAGGGCACACCCACCUUGUAUGACAGUCCUCAGGAUAAACAAUUGAAUGGAGCUGUUCAGGGUGUCCAAGGACAGAGUAAAAUUGAGAACACAGAAACUGUGGAUAGUGGAAUGAGUAAUGAUAUUGUGUGUGCAUCUGGAGACCAAAGUCAUUACAGUGAUUCUCAGCUCUCUUUACAGGAGUAUCUUUCUCCAUGGAAGGAAUGGAAUCAAACAGAGCAAACAGCUGAUUUAGGUUUGGAUUCAUCCAUCCAGGAAGCAUUUGACUAUGACAUAAACAGUCUAUGUGAUCAAAAACCAGAUGUUUAUAACAAAGAUCUAGAAGACUUGGGAAAGUGCCACAGUGAACUUCAGGAUGAUUCUGAGAGCUAUGAUUUAACCCAAGAUGACAACUCAUCUCCAUGCCCUGGAUUGGAUAAUGAACCACGAGGCCAGUGGGUCAGCCAACACGAUUCUUAUCAGGAAGCUAAUUCUUAUAAUAUGUACCAAAAUCAAAAUCAGUUGUCCAUGAUGUAUCGAAGUCAAAGUGAAUCGCAAAGUGAUGAUUCAGAGGAUGCCCCGCCCAAAUCUUGGCAUAGUCGAUUAAGCAUUGACCUUUCUGAUAAGGCUUUCAGCUUCCCAAAAUUUGGAUCUACACUACAGAGGGCUAAAUCAGCCUUGGAAGUGGUAUGGAACAAAAGCACACAGAGUCUCAGUGGAUAUGAAGAUAGUGGUUCUUCUUUAAUGGGGAGAUUUCGGACAUUAUCCCAAUCAACUGCAAAUGAAUCAAGUACCACUCUCGACUCUGAUGUCUACACGGAGCCUUACUACUACAAAGCAGAGGAUGAAGAAGACUAUAGUGAACCAGUGGUUGAUAAUGAAACAGAUUAUGUUGAAGUAAUGGAACAAGUCCUUGCUAAGCUAGAAAACAGGACUAGUGUUACCGAAACAGAUGAACAAAUGCAGGAAUAUGAUCACCCUUCAUAUGAAACACCUUAUGAAACCCCACAAGAUGAGGGUUAUGAUGGACAGGCAGAUGAUGUGGUUAGUGAAGGGGGAUUGGAACCAUUAAAUGAAACACCAGCUGAAUUGGAAAUAAGAGAAGAUGAAAACCAAAACAUCCCCGAACAGCCAGUGGAAAUCACAAAGCCGAAAAGAAUCCGUCCCUCUUUCAAAGAAGCAGCUUUAAAAGCCUAUAAGAAGCAAAUGGCAGAAUUGGAAGAGAAGAUCUUGGCUGGAGAUAGCAGUUCUGUGGAUGAAAAGGCUCGAAUAGUGAGUGGCAAUGAUUUGGAUGCUUCCAAAUUCUCUGCACUCCAGGCGUUUGGUGGAGCCGGACGAGGACUUUAUGGCAUUGACAGUAUGCCAGAUCUCCGCAGGAAAAAGACUUUGCCCAUUGUACGAGAUGUGGCCAUGACUCUGGCUGCCCGGAAAUCUGGACUCUCCCUAGCCAUGGUGAUUAGAACAUCCCUCAACAAUGAGGAGCUGAAAAUGCAUGUCUUCAGGAAGACCUUGCAGGCACUGAUCUAUCCCAUGUCCUCCACCACUCCUCACAACUUUGAAGUCUGGACAGCCACAACACCUACCUACUGUUACGAGUGUGAAGGGCUCCUGUGGGGCAUUGCCCGGCAAGGCAUGAAAUGUUUGGAGUGUGGAGUGAAGUGCCAUGAAAAGUGUCAGGACCUCCUAAACGCUGACUGUUUGCAAAGAGCAGCAGAAAAGAGUUCUAAGCACGGCGCUGAAGACAAGACUCAGACCAUUAUCACAGCUAUGAAAGAAAGAAUGAAGAUUAGGGAGAAAAACAGGCCUGAGGUGUUUGAAGUAAUUCAAGAAAUGUUUCAUAUUUCGAAAGAAGAUUUUGUGCAAUACACCAAGGCAGCCAAACAAAGUGUACUGGAUGGGACAUCUAAGUGGUCGGCAAAAAUAACCAUUACAGUGGUUUCUGCACAAGGCUUACAGGCAAAAGACAAAACAGGGUCAAGUGACCCAUAUGUCACAGUUCAAGUUGGAAAGAACAAAAGAAGAACUAAAACCAUUUUUGGAAACCUGAAUCCAGUGUGGGAUGAGAAGUUUUAUUUUGAGUGCCAUAACUCCACAGAUCGAAUCAAAGUCAGAGUGUGGGAUGAAGAUGAUGACAUUAAAUCCAGAGUCAAGCAACAUUUCAAAAAGGAGUCAGAUGACUUUCUGGGGCAAACAAUUGUAGAAGUGAGGACCCUGAGUGGGGAAAUGGAUGUCUGGUACAACUUAGAGAAACGGACAGAUAAGUCAGCUGUAUCGGGGGCCAUUCGAUUGAAAAUCAAUGUGGAAAUAAAAGGGGAGGAGAAGGUUGCUCCCUAUCAUAUACAAUAUACAUGUUUACAUGAGAAUCUAUUCCAUUACUUGACUGAAGUGAAAUUUAAUGGUGGAGUGAAAAUCCCAGAGGUCAAAGGAGAUGAAGCCUGGAAGGUUUUCUUUGAUGAUGCUUCCCAAGAAAUAGUUGAUGAAUUUGCCAUGCGUUAUGGGAUUGAAUCCAUUUACCAAGCUAUGACGCACUUUUCAUGUCUGUCAUCCAAAUACAUGUGCCCUGGGGUCCCUGCUGUCAUGAGCACCUUGCUGGCGAAUAUAAAUGCUUUCUAUGCUCAUACAACUAUUUCAACCAAUGUACAGGUUUCUGCCUCAGAUCGAUUUGCUGCUACCAACUUUGGUAGGGAAAAAUUCAUAAAACUCCUGGAUCAGUUGCAUAACUCUUUGAGGAUUGACCUGUCAAAGUAUAGGGAAAACUUUCCUGCCAGCAACGCUGAAAGACUGCAAGACCUGAAAUCAACUGUUGACCUGCUAACAAGCAUUACCUUUUUUAGGAUGAAGGUUCUGGAGCUGCAAAAUCCCCCAAAGGCCAGCCUAGUGGUGAAGGACUGUGUCAGGGCUUGCCUGGAUUCUACGUACAAGUACAUCUUUGACAAUUGCCAUGAACUCUAUUCCCAACUAAUAGACCAGGUAGGCAGGAGUAAAAAAACUGUUUUGGAAACUAUUAGCUUUGCAGAAGUCACCAGGUUUCCUCAAGAACUGAACAUGGGAAAAAUAAGUGCUGAAAUUAUGUGGACCCUUUUUGCUCAGGACAUGAACUAUGCAUUGGAAGAACAUGAGAAGCAGCGGUUAUGCAAGAGCACUGAUUAUAUGAAUUUGCAUUUCAAAGUGAAAUGGUUUUAUAAUGAAUAUGUGCGGGAACUUCCUGCCUUCAAGGAUGCAGUUCCUGAAUACUCCUUGUGGUUCGAGCCUUUUGUCAUGCAGUGGCUAGAUGAAAAUGAAGACCUGUCAAUGGAGUUCCUCUAUGGAGCACUGGGAAGGGACAAAAAAGACGGAUUCCAGCAGACAUCCGAUCACGCCCUCUUCUCUUGUUCUGUGGUUGAUGUCUUUGCUCAGCUUAAUCAGAGUUUUGAGAUUAUUAAGAAACUGGAAUGCCCUAAUCCUGAAGCAUUAUCUCACUUAAUGAGAAGAUUUGCAAAGACUAUCAAUAAAGUACUGCUUCAGUAUGCUGCAAUUGUAUCAAAUGACUUCAGUUCAUAUUGUGAUAAAGAAAGUGUGCCCUGUAUAUUGAUGAACAAUAUUCAACAAUUACGGGUCCAGCUGGAAAAAAUGUUUGAAUCCAUGGGAGGGAAAGAGCUAGAUCCUGAAGCUAGUGGGAUCCUGAAAGAACUUCAAGUUAAACUCAGUGGGGUUCUAGAUGAGCUCAGUGUCACUUACGGUGAAAGUUUCCAGCUAAUCAUUGAAGAGUGUAUAAAACAGAUGAGUUUUGAAUUAAAUCAAAUGAGAACAAAUGGAAAUAGUUCAUCGAAUAAGAACAGUGCAGGAAUGGAUGCAGAGAUUGUAUUAAGACCUCUCAUGGAUUUCUUGGACAAAAUAUUAAGUCUCUCAGCAAAAAUCUGUGAGAAAACAGUACUGAAGAGAGUUUUGAAAGAGCUGUGGAAGCUAGUUCUUAACAAAAUAGAAAAACAAAUUGUUCUCCCUCCUCUAACUGAUCAAACAGGACCCCAGAUGAUUUUCAUUGCAGCUAAAGAUCUUGGACAAUUAUCCAAACUGAAGGAGCACAUGAUUCGAGAGGAUGCCAAGGGUCUGACGCCAAGACAGUGUACUGUAAUGGAGGUGGUCCUGGCUACCAUCAAGCAAUACUUUCAUGCGGGAGGAAAUGGCCUGAAAAAGAAUUUCUUGGAGAAAAGCCCAGAUCUUCAGUCUCUGAGAUAUGCUCUCAGUCUUUAUACCCAAACUACUGAUGCCUUGAUAAGGAAAUUCAUAGACACUCAAAUCUCACAGAGUCGCCCCUCCAAAGAUUCAGUGGGUCAGAUUUCUGUUCACGUGGACAUCACUACCACCCCAGGAACUGGAGAACAUAAAGUUACUGUAAAAGUGAUUGCUAUUAAUGACCUUAACUGGCAGACCACUGCAAUGUUCCGCCCCUUUGUGGAGGUUUGCAUGCUGGGACCCAACCUUGGAGACAAGAAGAGAAAACAAGGCACAAAGACAAAAAGCAACACGUGGUCACCAAAGUACAAUGAAACCUUUCAGUUCAUUCUGAGUCAUGAAAACCGCCCAGGGGCCUACGAACUUCAUCUCUCAGUUAAGGAUUACUGCUUUGCUCGAGAAGAUCGAAUUAUCGGAAUGACAGUUAUUCAGCUACAAAAUAUAGCAGAAAAGGGAAGCUAUGGGGCAUGGUAUCCUCUUUUGAAAAAUGUCACUAUUGAUGAAACUGGUUUGACUAUCCUUAGAAUACUCUCUCAGAGGACCAGCGAUGAUGUGGCUAAAGAAUUUGUAAGACUUAAAUCUGAAACGAGAUCUGCUGAAGAGAGUGCUUGAGACCAGUGCUUCAAGAUAUCAUCUCUGAGGAUUCAUAAACUCUAACUGUUUGACUACUGCAUGCAUGUGCAGAUAAUGGGAAUGUUUCUUUUACUAUGUUUCAGUGUUUGCCAGUACUCAAGUACAAUGUCUACAAGGUAUGUGAAAAACCUGCUGAACUUUUAUACCAAUUCUGGUCUUUGGGAAAUAAAUGUUCCAUGAAGUGCCAAAAUUAUGAUGUAAAGUGAAACAUCCAGAAUAUCUUUAAAAAUGUUUCAUUUCAUUACCAAUUCCUCACCCAUUAAACAAACUAAAAAACAGUUCGUCUUUUGAGUUUGUCUACUAGUUGUCUUUGUUAAAUUAGUUUAUAUCACCCACAUAUCAGAAAGCAUUUGUUACUCAAAUUCUGUUUUAUUUAGACUUACCUCAUUGUAAAUGUCUGACAAAUACCCUUUUCUAUCAUAACUAGAAAUAGUGUCACUUCUAGAAAGCAUUUGUAAUUUUAUAGUUGCAGAUAUAUUAUGAUGAUUUUUGCAUACAAAUUAAAAUAGAAAAGGUGGGAAAUAUUUUAUGCCGACCAGUCUCCAACCUUUCUGAAAUAUCACUGUGAAGAAAUGCUGUUAAAGCAAACUUAAAUGAAGCAAUGCUAAAUAGAGUUUAUUAACAAUGUUUGAUAUAUUGACAAACUUUGUUCUUUAAAACUGCCAAGGUUACAUCACAUUUCUAAAAGUAAGUUGAUACAUUUGCCAUCUACCAUUAUUUCUUGGCUUUAUCAAAUUUCAUUCUUUAGAAAGUCAUAGGAUUAAGGGGUUAGAAAUGUGAUAGAAGGUUUGUUUCUUAAAAUUACCUAUGAUAAGUAACUAUACUGUUAGUGUUUUCCCUCUGACAGUUAUGACUAGCUCCUUAUUUACUUAGCACUAUAAUUAGUUAAGUGUUUUCCUUUCAAAAAUAUUCAAUGAUUUGUACUGAAUGCACCAUUACUUGUAUUGCACUGGAGCAAAAAGUCAUGUCUUCAUCUAUUUAAUGAAAAAAUGUAAAAUACAGUCUAAAGAAAUUGCUUACAGUUUUGUAAUUUAUGUUGUUUUUAAGCCCAAGAUACAUCAGAUGCAGUAGGAAAGCAACUUAAUACAGCUUCAUACAUAAAAUAUAACUAGGUUGGAUUUUGAAUAUGAAAUAGUUUAUGAGUAUUUACAUUUUCUGUGUUUUUAUGGUUUUACUUUUUAAAGUCUAUAUCUAAUUACCUGGCUGUAGAACAGUACUUUGUAACUUAUGGUCAUAACUGUUAGUGGACAACAUACACAAGCAGAAACAAGAAAUUGUUACAAUGAUUAUGUUUUGUGAACAAGCUUGUCUGAUGUGUUAAGAACAGAAAUGAAUAGCACCAUGACUCUCAGAACCAUUCUGUUACUGGGUGUGAAAACACAGACGAGCGAGAUCUACUAAUUCAUGUUAAAUUGAUAGGCAAUUGCUUUGUUAAUGACUUCUCCAAAUGCACAGUACAAUGCGAUCCUCUGGCAUAUGCAUUAAUAAAUGGAUGUAUAUUGAG